UUAAACGUUUAUACUUUUAGUCAUAAAACUUAAGUCGAAGCGUUAGCAUAUACGUAUCCGUCCAUUUUUCUAGAAAUUUUGGACUAUUUAAAUACUCACUUUAAGCCACAACUAACACAAACGCACACACUUUUACAAACACAAUGAAGCAACACAUAUUUGCAUUGGCAUGCUUAUGCAGCGCAGCCGUACUCAUAUCCGCCGUUCCUCUGCCAGCCAAUAACAAGGAAUUAGAUGUGCUACAGAUUCCACUUGCAAAUGGAAAGGAACUUGAUGUUUUAACACUUGGAGCCAAAGAUCAGGAACAGAUCAUCGCAGAUAGAAACAAAAGAACAAUCGGACUCUUACGUGAACUGUUCCCUGACAUUACAAAGCAAAUCGAUGCGAUAGUCAAUCGCAUUAUAGCACAAGUAAUACGUGUCGCAGGACCCAGCCUACUGCCGGCUUUAUUAGGUAAUAAUAGACCUUCGACAGAGCGUAGCAACUUUGAUGCCAAUUUCGAUGAUGAUGAUGAUGAUGAUAAUGAUGACAGUAAUGAUUCUACUACUAGUACAAAUAAUAAUAAUAAUAAUAACAACAACAACAUCAAAAUUAAUUCGAGAAACAACAACAACAGUCCAUCAACAACAAGCAGUGGAAGUACUCGCGUACAAAUUGAUUUACCAACCUUUGCACCAGAUAGUAAUGAUGAUGAUAGCGUAACUUCAGCAACAACUGAAGCUACACAAGUGAGUUCGAGUACUACAACAGCUAUAACCACUAGCUCAGCAAUACCUCCAACAACAAAUUCCUUAAGUGGUUCCAAAGAUUUUAACACAUAUGCACCUACAACUCCUUUCAUAAAUCCCACUACAAUCCCAAGUACAACAACGACGACAACAACAGAAGCUCCUACUAUCACCACAACAGAAGUCAGCACGACUGAAAGUACAACUACAAUCACAACAACAACUCCUAUACCAACAACUACGACUCCAAUUCCUACCACAACUACAACUACAACUCCAGUUCCAACCACAACUACAACCACAACUCCAAUUCCUACAACAACUACCACCCCAAUCCCAACUACGACCACUCCCAUUCCUACAACAACAGUUGCUACUACAACUACAACCACUCCAGCAACAAUUGUUGAACCAACAACAUCAACAGUGACCACAACGACAAUAUCAAAUUUUUAUAAUAUUGCCGAACAGCAAACAACCUCUACUCUUGAUGUUGAUGAACAACAAAUUGUUGCUUUAAUUGAUAAUUUAAAUCGUAUAUUAAAUUCUACCAAUUAUUUUAUUACUACCAGAGAUAAUUUAACUACAACAACUACAACAACUACAUCGUCAACUCCAACAACAGAAAUCACUACAGUAAAAAUUACAAAAUUACUACCAAUUGAUGUAUAA